ACGCCACUGGAAGUUGCAGCCAGGUAUGGGUCUGCUGAUAUGAUAAAUCUCUUACUGGACUAUGGGGCCCAAAUCGAUGCCAGUUGUUUAUCUGGCUUAACACCCUUGCAGACAGCAUGCCAUUCUGGAAACGUCGCAGCGACCGAAUCAUUAAUUCAACGUAGAAAUUUCCAAGAAUACAUAACGCCAGGCAUACCAGGUCAUCCGCUAACCAUUGCAGCAUAUAAGGGUUAUUACAAGAUCACAGAGGCACUUCUUCGCCAUGGAGCGGAU